CUUAGCUGUUGUAACUCGUGUAUCCACAACCUUCUCAACUCAUCUAUUGAUUAUCAUUUGAUAAAAUUCGCAAACUUUACCACAUAAAACACCACAUAAAAAUUCCCUUACGCUUCAAUUAAUAAGUUCUUUCUAGUGAUUAUUACAUUUGGCAUUUUCAUCCUUAAAAUCACAAUGGAUUCGCUGUGUUCGAUACCGGCCUUCUAUUCCGGAAAAAGCGUUUUCAUUACUGGUGCUACGGGGUUUUUAGGAAAAUCAUUAAUAGAAAAACUGUUGAGGUCGUGUCCUGAUAUAAAAGAGAUAUUUCUGUUAAUGCGCCCGAAGAAAGACGUGAAUAUAGAAGAACGCCUCCGAAAGCUGCUGACCAACCCGUUGUUUCAUACAUUGCGGCGUGAGCAACCCCAUUGUUUCGACAAAUUGAUUCCCGUAAAAGGUGACAUUGCUAUUGAGAAUCUGGAUUUGUCAGACACCGAUAGAAACAUGCUAAUCCAGAAGACGUCUGUAAUAUUCCAUAUAGCGGCGAACGUGAGAUUCGAUAUUACUCUGAGAAUGUCGGUGCUCCAGAACGUAAAAGCUACAAGAGAUAUAUGUAUUUUAGGUGAACAUAUGAAGAAUCUAGUGGCUCUCGUAUAUGUCAGCACGGUAUACUCACAACUCGACAAACACGUUAUUGAUGAAAUCGUGUAUCCAGCGGAAGUCGAUUGGAAGAAAAUGAUUCAAGUCGUCGAGACUUUGGACGAACAACUGUUGGAAGUGUUUAAGUCAAAGUACACGGGCUGUAUGCCGAAUAGCUACGUAUUUUCCAAGAAACUCGCCGAGCAAGUGAUAGUCGAUUACUCUGAGUCGUUGCCGUGUGUAAUUUUGAGGCCAUCCAUAGUUGUAGCAACGUUGAGCGAACCGGUAAAAGGAUGGAUGGACAAUUUUAAUGGACCGGUAGCACUUUUCAUCGGCGUUGGAAAAGGACUAUUAAAGUUAAUAUAUGCAGAUAAAAACAUACAGAAUAACUUCGUACCGGUUGAUACCUUCAGCAAAUCUGCCAUUGUUGCAUCAUGGAAAUGUGGAGUGAGAAAGACGUUGAUGGCAUUGCAGAGGAAAAUUUUUAUAAAUAAUUGCAUUUUGGCACAUUUCACACUAAACAAUUGGGAUAUACGAAAUGAAAGUGCGAUAAGUCUGUCUGAUGAAAUACUAAACGAUCAACAAGAAUUUGAAUAUGGAACGGUCCUCUCUGAAGGAGUUAACGUAAUAACAUAUUUUGAAGACUGUAUAAUUGGAGCUAAAACACAUCUUCUGAAUGAACGUAUGGAUCACUUGGACAAAGCAAAAUCGCAGUUUAACAGAAUGUAUUGGAUCGACAUAAUUGUGAAAGCUUCGUUUGUUAUUUUCUUUAUAUGGAUCAUUUACAAAAACACUGUGUAGCAAGGUAAAUUGAUUUUCAUCAAAGUAUACAAUUUUCAUGUACGACAUUUAGCAUCGAAGACUAAUGUCCAAAUGUCA